UGUUGAGUCGGGACGCGGGACUGCAUCGACACCAAAUUAAAAAUCGAAAGUUGUUGGUUGGGUUGGAAAGUCAGAUUUUUUGACUUUACAGCGUGUAAGUGAUGUUUUGUUAUCAUGAAGAUUUGUGCUACAGUGAAAUUGGAUAAUUCAAGAAACUGUUAUGUUAAUUUGUCUCGAAGUCUUGUAGACGCGUGGAACAGUCAAAUAAAAAAUCUGCAGGUUGGUUCUAGCAAGUUAAAAUCUCUACUACCAAUUCUGAUUGGAACAAGGAAUGGACUAUCCCUUAUAUCAUCUUGGUCUGGUGAAUACCUCUGCGAUGAUGUGUGCAUGCUGUCUAUUGACAGAAAAAUUGCAAAAGUAUUUGAUUUACAUGAUGGUGACCAGGUUCAAAUUUCAAUAUUUUCAGAACAAAUUCAGCCUGCAGAUUCAGUAACAAUUUCUCCUGUUGAAACGAGUGAUUGGGAUAUUCUAGAAUUGAACAGCAAAGUUCUAGAAAGCAAGUUGCUGGAUCAGAUAUCUGUCAUCAAAGCUGGACUUGUAUUCCCAUUUUAUAUCUCUUUAUCUGGGGUGAUAUUCUUAAAAGUUGUUUCCACUUCUCCUUCCAUGCAUGUUUACUUACAAGAAUUUACUGAAGUUCACGUGAUACCUAAUCAACAAUCAAACAUUCCGCUUUCACAAUCACAGCCAAUGAAAAAAGAAAGAUCACCAACUGCGUUGGCUAAUGUAACACAACUGAAUAAGUCACGUAAUCAUGGUUUUAGCAUAAAAGACAAAAUGCCUUCAAAGUUAGUCGACUCACUAAGUGAUGUCUUUUGUGCGGGUAGUGGUGCACGACGACACAAUGGUUUGAUAGAAACAUCGAAUAGUCCUGAAAAACACUUUUCAACGGAAAUUUCUCUCCAAUCAAUACCCAAUGUAUCUACAGUUAUUAAGUUCAUCAAAGCUGGUAGUUCAGUUAGCUCGAAAAAUGGUGUACAUGGCGAUCAAAAUGUUCCCAGUGACAGCAAGGGGCUGAGAAAGUUUGCAGAUGACGGCUCGGCUGGUACUAGUGGGCUGCAAUCUCAUACUGAAAAGAAUAAACCAAAUUCUGAUUUAAUUCUUCCACCUUAUCAAGGAAUUUUAUGCAAAAGUAUUCUAUCUGAUUCUAUGACGUGUCUUGCUACUUCGGCGUGGUUCUGUGCUGAAAUUACACCAAUCAAUAAAAUAAACGAAACAAAGAAAUCUAAUAGUUCGAAUCAGGAUCCAGAGGAGAUUGUAAAAAUUGUUAUACAAGUUAAACUUCUUCCUGCACCUAUAUGGAAGCAUUUGAAUGAAAAUGAACGUGUUUUACUGGUUAAUCCAUUGUUGCUGGAACAAUUACAAGUCGGUAGCGGUACGAAAAUACAACUCAAUUGCUUUCAUGGAGAUGUUAAGAGACCAAAAGGUAUGGUUUUGCAUUGCAAACCAUCUCAACAUAAGGAGAUGAUAAAAACACAAUUUUCAAAAUAUUUGAACCAUUGUGUAUCACUCUCGCCAAACGUGAUAAUAAACCAAGGAACUUUGUUUACAUUGAACAUUGAAGGUGCGUCCAUGAACGUUGUGGGAGAAUUGAUUGGUGUUGAGAACGAUGUGUGUGGAAGGAUAGAUAGUGAUGGGUUGGAGAGUUUUUUUCUUGCUAUCGAAGAUGAUGAAGAAGUUGAGGAUGACUUAUCCAAUGCAAUGGAAAAAGCUGUUAAUUACAACAAUGUUCAGGAAAUCGUAGAUGACUUGACAACAAAAUUUUUAACCAAUAAUCGGUUAAGGAGAUGUCAAAAUUUCUUCACUGCUCCCUACGUUGUCUUAGUACAUGGAAAGAGCAUUGCAACUUCUGUCGGUUGUGGAAAGACAUUGUUUUCAGAAACCAUAGCCAAUCACUUUCGUUCGGCACCGCUCUUUUAUAGCAUAGAAAUCGUUCGUUGUGUAGAGCUACGUGGAAAGAAAAUAGAAACCAUCCGUGAUUUAUGGCACGAUGCUUCGGAACGCUUGUGUGAACCAGGCAUUUUAAUCAUUGAUGACUUAGACGAACUAAUUAUAAAUGUAGAUCCUUUACAAGACGGUCACGUGAUAAGUUUGUACGUGGAACGAUUGGUUGAUAUGUUCCAAUCAUUCUUCGAGAUGCUCGUCAACGAAAAUCGAAAUUUGCACGUGAUCGUGACGAGCACAUCGAAAGAAACGCUCCAUAGAUUCGUCAUGCCGGAAUCAAAUUGUCAUAUAUUUUCCAAAUACGUAUGUUUAACAGACAUGUCUAAGGACAAUUUAGAAAUAUUGAAAAAUAAUUUGAAGUCUUCAAACAGUCUUUGCGAUGAGGAACGCGGAGGCAGAAGUAUUGCUGCCGAAUUGAGAAAACAAUUGGAGGGAUGCACUAUGAAAGAUAUUCAUCUGAUAAUCCGGAAAACGUUGAACGAAAAACUGAUGAUUUCACAAGAUGAAAAAGACGUACAUCUGUCAUGUGAAGACAUUCAGAAGACUUUAAAUUCGUUCAAGUCUCCGUUACUCCAUGGCGUAGACCUACACAAACCGAAAAAAAUUUCAUGGAUCGAUAUUGGUGGCUUGGAUUCUGUUAAAGGCCUUCUUAAAGAAACUCUUAUAUGGCCUGCGUUGUAUCCAGAGCUUUUAUCAAAAUCUCCAUUGAGACUAACGUCCGGGGUUUUACUGUAUGGCGUCCCUGGAACAGCAAAAACGAUGUUAGCUAGCGCUGUAGCGUAUGAAUCGCGGUUGAACUUUAUCAGUAUAAAAGGGCCUGAAUUGUUGAGCAAAUAUGUUGGUAGUAGCGAGACAAAUGUCCGAGAUUUAUUCGCUCGUGCUCAGGCCGCUAAACCGUGUAUUGUCUUUUUCGACGAAUUAGAUUCAUUUGCGCCAAGACGAGGCCAUGAUAACACUGGUGUUACGGAUCGUGUUGUCAACCAGCUGUUGACUCAAUUAGACGGUGUUGAAAGUUUGGAUGGUGUUUUCGUGCUAGCUGCUACAUCGAGACCUGAUUUAAUCGAUCCUGCCUUAUUGCGACCUGGAAGAUUUGAUAAAAGUAUAUUAUGCGGAAUGCCGAAUAAAAAGGACAGGCUGGAUAUUCUUCAUAUUUUGACUAAAGAGUUAAAACUGCAGGAAGAUGUCGAUUUGAAUUUUCUAGCGUCAGUAACUGAGGAUUUUUCUGGUGCUGAUUUGAAAGCUUUGUUGUAUAAUGCGCAAGUCGAAAGUGCACAUUCCGUGCUACGUUUACAUGGAGACAAAGAAACUAGCAGUAACGACCAGAUAGGGCUGUUAAUUUGUAUGGAAGAUUUCAAGAAAGCGUUAGACGUGACACAAGCUUCUGUGACGAUUGAAGAACGAAAAAAAUUCGAAAUGAUUUUUCGCGACUUUGGAUCUGGUCGUGAAAAGAAGUCGGUUGGGCGAGACUUUCAAACACAACGUGUCACGCUUGCUUAAAGGAUCGAUGCUGACAAAAAGCUUUUUGUAAAUAUAGUUAUAUACCUAUAAUAUUGUUUUUAUAUGAUAAAACAUUUUAUCGUUUGAUGUAUAUUUUAUUUCAAGAUUUAAUUUUUUUUCUUUUG